GAAAGAAUCCAAGGCAGCAAAAAGCACCCGUCGCUCCUCCGGAUCCGCAAAGGGAUCGAAAUCGCCCGCCCAGCUCGUCUCGUCGUCUUGCAUUCUGUGUGGUGAGAAGAGAAAGUGCUAUGGUGCUACUGUUAUCUGGACACCGUGCUUAUGUAAUCACUCCACUUCACUUCACCUCAACAGAUACUCCGUCGAUACUGGAAUAAAACUACUCUGUCUCGAGAUAAUUACUUCAUCAUGCCGACACAUGAGAUCUCCUUUUCCCUCCCGAAAACCCCCUACACAACCGCCCACGCCCAAGUAACAGUGUUCCCCAAAUGUGCGCUCGUCUUCCUUGCCACGACGGCACCCGGCGACACGGCGGUGAAGCCGAUGGGCAGUUUCGUUUACUCGAUGCCAGACAAAAACUUCUCGUCUACAACCAUGUACUCUUCCAAUAGUGUCGAGUACGCGACGCGGGUAUCGAAGAUCCUGGCGCGGAGGACAGGCCUGCCGGUGUACGUGGGAUGCAGUAUCGAUUCGGCUUCUUUGGGGAUGACUGUCGAAGAGGAGAUGGAGGGGUUGCGCCGGGUGGUGGAGGAGUGCACUUCCUUGAUCCAGGAGAAUAGAGUAGAGAAGAAAGGAUAGAGAAUAGUA